AUGGAUGGUGGACUUCCCAGUGUGGAGAGACCAUGGAGUCCCUCUGACUCUGAGCAACCUUGUACUGUGGGGGAUGGGGCCGGGGUUCAGGGGGAGAAGAUAUUUUCCAGUCCUGAGUGCGGGAAAAGUUUUAGCUCUGACUUUAGUCUUAUAAUCCAUCAGAGGUCUCACUCGGAGGAAAAACGUAAUUCCUGUUCUGAGUGCGAGAAAUGUUUUCCCAAUAAAUCAGGACUAGUAAGACAUCAUAGAUCUCAUACUGGGGAGAAGCCAUAUUCCUGUCCUGAGUGCUGGAAAACUUUUUCGCAGAAAUCCUACCUGAGUAGACAUCAGAUAAUGCAUGCUGUUGAAAAGCCGUAUUCCUGCCAUGAGUGUGGGAAAUGUUUUUCAGCUAAGGCCAGUUUUAUGAGACAUCAGAAGACUCACACAGGGGAGAAGCCUUAUUUCUGUCCUGAGUGUGGGAAAUGUUUUCCCUCUAAAUCAGACCUUGUUAUACAUCAAAGAUCUCACACAGGGGAGAAACCCUAUUCCUGUUCUGAGUGCGGGAAAUGUUUUCUCUCUAAAUCAGACCUUGGCAGACAUUACAGAUCUCACACGGGGGAGAAGCCGUAUUCGUGUCCUGAGUGUGGGAAAACCUUUUCGCAGAAGACCAGUCUUUACACACAUCAGAGAUCGCACACUGGUGAAAAGCCAUAUUCCUGCCCUGAGUGUGGGAAAUGUUUUUCAGAUAAGUCCCAUUUUUUGAGACAUCAGAGAUCUCAUAUGGGGGAGAAGCCGCAUUCCUGCCGUAAGUGUGGGAAACAUUUUUCACAGAAAUCACACCUUGUUAAACAUCAGAAGUCUCACACAGGUGAGAAGCCGUAUCCAUGCCCCGAGUGCGGAAAAUGUUAUACACACAAAUCGGUGCUUGUCAUACAUCAGAGAUCUCACAGCGGGGAGAAGCCUUUUUGCUGCUCUGAGUGCGGUAAAGGUUUUUCAAAUAAAUCAGACCUUGCUAAACAUCAAAGAUCUCACACGGGGGAGAAGCCGUAUUCCUGCCCUGAGUGUGGGAAAUGUUUUUCAGACAAGUCCAAUUUUUACAGACAUCAGAGAUCUCACACAGGUGAGAAGCAGUAUUCAUGCUCUGAGUGCGGGAAAUGUUUUGCACGAAGAUCUGAACUUGUCAUACAUCAAAGGUGUCACACGGGGGAGAAGCCAUAUUCCUGUGCUGAGUGUGAUGAACGGUCUCACACGGGGGAGAAGCCGUAUUCCUGUGCUGAUUGUGGGAAAUGUUUUUCAGGCAAGUCCAAUCUUUACACACAUCAGAGAGUGCACUCAGGUGAGAAGCCGUAUUCCUGUUCUGAGUGCGGGAAAAGUUUUGUACAAAAAUCAAAUCUUGUCAGGCAUCAAAUGUCUCACACAGGGGAGAAGCCAUAUUCUUGUGCUGAGUGUGGAAAAUGUUUUUCAGACAAGUCCAAUUUUUACAGACAUAAGAAAUUGCACACGGGGGAGAAGCCGUAUUCAUGUCCUGAGUGCGGGAAAUGUUUUUCAAGGAAUUUACAUCUGUGCAGACACCAGAGAUUGCACACGGGGGAGAAGCCGUAUUCCUGUGCUGAGUGCGGGAAAUGUUUUUCAUACAGGUCUAGUCUUUCCAGACAUGAGAGAUCGCACACGGGGGAAAAGCCAUAUUCCUGUUCUGAGUGCAGAAAAUGUUUUGUCCGAACGUCAGAACUUGUUACACAUCAGAGGUCUCACACGGGGGAAAAGCCGUAUUUAUGUUUUGAGUGCGGGAAAUGUUUUGUGAAAAAAUCAGAGCUUACCAUACAUCAAAGGUCUCACACUGGUGAAAAGCCGUAUCCCUGUCCUGAGUGCGGGAAAUGGUUUUCAAAGACGUCCAAUCUUUACGCACAUCAGAGAUCUCACACGAAGGAGAAGCCAUUUUCCUGUCCUGUGUGCGGGAAAUGUUUUUCAGAUAAGUCAAAUUUUUCCAGACAUCAGAGAUCUCACACGGGGGAGAAGCCGUUUUCCUGUCCUGAGUGCGGGAAAUGUUUUUCAGAUAAGUCAAAUUUUUCCAAACAUCAGAAAUUACAUACGGGGGAGAAGCCGUUUUCCUGUCCUGAGUGCGGGAAAUGUUUUUCAACGAAGUCGUAUCUUUUCACACAUCAGAGAUCUCACACGGGGGAGAAGCCGUAUUCCUGUUCUGAGUGCGGGAAAUGUUUUUCACAGAUGUUCAGUCUCUACACCCAUCAGAGGUCUCACACGGGGGAGAAGCCGUAUUCCUGUCCUGAGUGCAGUAAAUGUUUUUCAGAUAAGUCCAUUCUUCGCAGACAUCAGACAUCUCACACGGGUGCAAAGCCAUUUUCCUGUCCUGAGUGCGGGAAAUGUUUUACACAGAAGUCUACUCUUUACAUACAUCAGAGAUCUCACACGGGGGAGAAGCCGUAUUCCUGUCUUGAGUGCGGGAAAUGUUUUUCAGACAAGUCCAGUCUUUACAAACAUCAGAGAUCACACACUGGGGAGAAGCCGUAUUCCUGCACAGAGUGCGGGAAAUGUUUUUCACAAAAGUCCAGUCUUAACAAACAUCAGAAAUCUCACACGGGGGAGAAGCCGUAUUCCUGUCCUGAGUGCGGGAAAUGCUUUUCAGAUAAGUCCAGUCUUUGGAGACAUCAGAGAUCUCACACGGGGGAGAAGCCGUAUUCCUGUCCUGAGUGUGGGAAAUGUUUUUCAGAUAAGUCCUACGUUUCCAGACAUCAGAGGUCUCAUACGGGGGAGAAGCCAUAUUCCUGCCCUGAGUGUGGGAAAUGUUUUUCAGAUAAGAACAGUCUUACCAGACACCAGCGAUUGCACACAGGUGAGAAGCUGUAUUCCUGUCCGGAGUGCGGGAAAUGUUUUUCUUGGCAGUCCAGUCUUACUGAACAUCAAAUAUGCCACACGCAGGAAAAGCAGUUUUCCUGUUCUGAGUGUGGAAAAUUUUUUUCACGGAAAUCAGCACUUGUCAAACAUCAAAAAACUCACACAGGGGAGAAGCCGUAUUCCUGCACCAAGUGCGGGAAAUGCUAUACACGGAAAUCAGAUGUUAUGAAACAUAAAAGAUCUCACACGGGUGAGAAGCCGUAUUCCUGUCCUGAGUGUGGGAAAUGUUUUUCAUGGAAGUCUAGUCUUACCAAACAUAUAAGAAGUCACACGGGGGAGAAGCCGUAUUCCUGCCCCGAGUGCGGGAAAAGUUAUUCACAGAAGUCCCAUCUUUCUAUACAUCAAAAAACUCACACAGGCAAAAAGCCGUAUUCCUGCCCUGAGUGUGGGAAAUGUUAUUCACAGAAGUCUUAUCUUUCCACACAUCAGAGAUCCCACACAGGGGAGAAGCUGUAUUCCUGCCUUGAGUGCGGGAAAUGCUUUUUACGUCAACAGCUUCUAGCUCGACAUCAGAUGUCUCACACAGGGGAGAAGCCGUAUUCCUGCCCUGAGUGCGGGAAAUGUUAUUCACAGAAGGCCCAUCUUUCUUUACACAAGAUGUCUCACACAGGCGAGAAACCAUAUUGCUGCCAUGAGUGCGGAAAAUGUUAUUCACAGAAGUCUUAUCUUUCCACACAUCUCAAAUUGCACACGAGGGAGAAGCCGUAUUCCUGCCCUGAGUGCGGAAAAUGUUUUGCACAUCGACGUGAUCUAACUAGACAUCAGACAUUUCACACGGGGGAGAAGCCGUACUCCUGCCCUGACUGCAAGAAAUGUUUUUUUAAAAAAUCUGAAUUAGACAGACACCAAUCAUCUCACACGGGAGAAAAACCGUAUUCCUGCCUUGUGUGCGGGAAAUGUUUUUCACACAAGGCAAGUCUUUCUGUACAUCAGAGAAUCCAUACGGGGGAGAAGCCGUAUUCCUGUCCCGAGUGCAAAAAAUGUUUUUCAGAGAAGUCUAAUCUUUCUACACAUCUGAGAUCUCACACGGGGGAGAAGCCAUAUUCCUGCCAUGAGUGCGGGAAAUGUUUUUCACGGAAAUCAUAUCUUUCUGUACAUCAGCUGUCUCACACAGGUGAAAAGCCGUAUUCCUGCCCUGAGUGCGGGAAAUGUUAUUCAAGGAAGACUGAUCUUUCCACACACCAGAAAUCCCACACAGGGGAGAAGCCGUAUUCCUGCCCUGAGUGUGAGAAAUGUUUUGCACAUCGACACAAUCUAACAAGACAUCAGAGGUUUCACUCAGGGAGGAAACCAUAUUCCUGCCAUGAGUGUGGGAACUGUUUUUUAACAAAAUCAGAAUUAGACAGACACCAGACAUCUCACAUGGGGGUGAAGCUGUAUUCUUUCUUGAGUGUUCGAAAUGUUUUUUAA